CGAUUUCUAGUAUUCUCUGUGUCGUCAUCGCCUACAGCUUUCUUGCUCAGCUCAGCUCGAGAUAUUUGUACAUCAAUAACACCUAAUGGCGAUGGGCUGAAGGACAUCCAGUACUCCGCACCUCGAACAUCCUCCCCACUUGCGAUCGUGUGCCCCUCACCCGGCCCCGCGUGUUCGCUAUGCCUUCUUCCAAUUCCGAUCGAUCCUUUACCGAUCGGCUAGAUGCGACCAUCCCCGGCGCGUUCCCAAGCAGCGAUGGCAAUCAAUCAUCGACCCACCAGACCCUCUCUCAAGCUUUGUAUGCUCGGCGCAAUGAGUACACCCGAUCUCGGAACGUUAGGAUCAAGAUUGGAAGCUGGAACGUAGCAGCGGAGAAGGGCACAGAGAAGGAUAUCGGGGCCUGGUUCGUAGAAGGAAAAGGGAUUGAGAAAGCAAUUGCUGGACUAGGCGUCGACGAAUCGCAGGAUGACGACAAUCUGGAGAGUGUGCCCGCACAAGAAGCUCGGAGGUCUCGGAAGGCAUCUACUGUUCCCCGGAGAGACGAUGGAACACUGCCGGGCGGCGAAGAGGUGGGCAUAUAUGUUCUAGGUCUCCAGGAAGUAGUUGAUGUUUCCUCUCCCAGCGAAGCGUUACGUCCGUAUACCGACCCCAGCGUUGCGAAUCGGUGGAAGAGCGAGGUUCAGAAUGCUUUGCCGGAAGGAUAUAAACUCGUUGCGGAACAACAGCUGAUCGGGCUCUUGCUUCUUGUGUAUGCAUCGCCGGAUGUCUUUCCCCAUGUCAGUGGGGUCAGCACGACGAGUGUCGGAACAGGACUCAUGGGGUAUAUGGGCAAUAAGGGCGCUGUGACAGCAAGGAUUGUGCUGGGCGAAACCACUCGCCUUGUGUUUAUCAAUUCGCACCUUGCAGCUGGAUCCGACAAGGCUGCGCUGGACCGUCGCAACUGGGACGCAGGCCAGGUCAUCAGCCGGACGCGCUUCGAUCCCAUCACAGACGCGCUGGGAGUGACUCAAGGUCACGGCGAGGGGUUGGGAGAGGAAGACUUCGCCUUCUGGUUUGGUGACCUAAACUACCGUCUUGAGGGCAUACCUGGAGACGAUGUACGACGACUACUUACCAUCCACACUAAAACCCUAGACCCCGAGCCUACUGAAGACUCGAAGGAGCCUAGAUUAUCCUCCUCUGACUCCAGCGUGACGUCCAAAUCCCCUAGCUCAACCUCUUCCAUAAAAGAAGACGCAGUGCCAUUACCUCCGGAGCUUGAUCCUGCCUCGUUACAUACUACAAUAUCAUGUCUGAUGCCCCAUGACGAGCUGCGCCAACAACAAAAGCUUGGAAAAGCAUUUCAAGAUGGUUGGAACGAAGGCCCGAUCCAGUUCUUACCCACUUACAAGUACGAUGUCGGAAAGGUCGGAGUAUUCGAUUCGAGUGAGAAACGACGCGUGCCUAGUUGGUGCGAUCGCAUUCUCUACCGUACUAGGGCAGCCAAAGAACGCCAUGACGCUCACGUGAAAGAGCAAGAGGAAGCUCGGAAACGGGAUGAAGAGAUGAAGAAGAAAGGACUCGAUGCGCCAGGGGACGAAGAGGUCCUGUAUGACUAUGAUCCCGAAACAGACGGAGACAAAACCACGGGAUACGACGAUUACGAUGAGUACGAUGAAGAUGCUGAGCCUGAACCGGAAGAGGUCAUUACCAAGGAGGGAUUCAAAGAUGAGAUCCUAUUGGAAUAUUAUGCCGCCCACCUGCGGGUCAUCUCGUCUGAUCAUAAGCCAUUAGAUGCGAUCUUUUCCCUCAAGUACGACGCCGUGAUACCAGAACUCAAGGCAUCAAUCCACCAGGAAGUAGCCAGAGAACUCGAUCGACAGGAAAACGAAGGCAGACCAUCCAUUACCUUGGUCGUGGAUCGUUCAACUGGAGCCACUACCUCCGAGGCUGCACCCACCACAGACAACGACUUCGAUGGCGUUGACUUUAACGACGUGCAAUUCGCGAAAUCCAAGCGCCGCAACAUCACAAUUGCCAACACUGGAAGAGUACCGGCCACAUUUGGCUUUACAGAUCGCCCCGUGUCCAAAGAUCAGGCCCCUGGACCUUUUCCUUCCUGGCUGACUGUGACCUUUGACAGAGAACCUGACAAGACCGACAAAUCCUCCGAUGACAAUCUCCAUCAACAGUUUACCUUGGAACCCGCUGAUGUCUGCAGCGCCGAACUCAAGUUGAAGGUCGAGGCCAUCCAUGACGUACGAAAUCUCAAUGAGGGCUCAGAGCAACUCGAUGAGAUUCUUGUUCUGCGAGUCCAAAACGGUCGUGACCAUUUCCUACCCAUCCGCGCAGACUGGCAGCAGUCGGCGUUAGCUCGUUCCAUUGACAAGCUAAUCAAAAUUCCCGAGGGCGGCAUCCGGAAGCUCCAAGGCCAGAAACCGGACAGUGAAACCAAUAAAGUGAGAUGGUCGAUUCCUCGAGAGAUAUUUCGGCUGACGGAGGCCAUAGAAGAUCUGACGGAACGAACGAUCGCCGAAUGGGAUAUGACCAAGCAUGAAGGUGACAGAGCCCCUUGGCAGCAUAACGCAGGCUGGCCGUUCGUCAAGGACUCGAGGUAUUUUGAGGAUGAUGUACACGAGGACACACUUGCCGCCCUCUAUGAAGCGCUUGACUGUGAUACAUCGUUUGACGCAGCGUUUCCCGGAGAGGUUGCCGCCAUGCAGAGACUUGAGAUCAUCUCCGAAGUACUACUGCAAUUCCUGCGCAGUCUCGAAGAUGGCGUUGUCACGGAGUCGUUGUGGAAGGACCUUGAGGGCGGCAUUGUUGCUCGAGAACGCUCAAGGCAACAUCUUCCGCUUGACGAUGCGAAAAUAUGGGCUUUAGAAACUUUAUCGGUCUCACCAAGCCACAACGCCACAUUCCUCCUCCUUAUAUCCAUGCUGCAACGCCUCACCAAUGAGAUUGUCACUGCCUCAAGGCCCGACACGUCCUCGUCUCGCGCCAGCAUGGACUCUCUUCCGUCCUCGCCACGAGUCGCAGUUCGCAGACGAACGUUGAGCAAAGUGCCGGAGGUGGCUACGAGACAAUUAAUUAGUAGAAAUUAUGCUACGGUAUUCUCAGAGGCCAUGUUUCGAUCAGGAGGCAUGGAUCAAUUGAAAGAGAAGGAGAGAAACCUAAGAAAGGACAGGAUGGUUGGAGUGAUCGAGACAUUCCUCAGCGAGGACGACGCUCUACGAUGAACGAAGAAUUGGGCUCUGUGUCUUUGAAUACAUGCCAGGAUUACAGCCAUAUCGAAGGUAGUCCCUAUAUAUCAGGAACGAACGACGUCACCCUCUUUUUAGGGCCUGGCUAUCCUUUCGAUCCAGAGCUAUCA